AUGGCAAAGGAACAACCACGUGGUCGGAAUAAGGCGUCCUCAACUCCUCAAUCAGCUCCCCUCUCCUCGGCUCUAAGAGCUCGCUCAAACAGGCGGCGUCGCGGGGGCGCAGAGGAUGACCGGAUCCUAGAAGGUGUAGAACCAACUCCAGAAUCCGAUCAGGAAUCUGCCCAAGGCGACGACCCUUUUACCGACGCGUCUUCCGAUGAAGGGGACGCCGAGGACGCGGAUGAUGCUUCCGAUUAA